CGGGCCACUACAAGCCCACCCUUUCCUACGUCUGGUCCAGUCGGCCGUCCUCCGGUCCGGGCCCUGGCCUAGCUAGCCGGCCAUGGAGGGUAAUGGCCCUGCUGCUGUCCACUACCAGCCGGCCAGCCCCCCGCGGGACGCCUGCGUCUACAGCAGCUGCUACUGUGAAGAAAAUAUUUGGAAGCUCUGUGAAUACAUCAAAAACCAUGACCAGUAUCCUUUAGAAGAAUGUUAUGCUGUCUUCAUAUCUAAUGAGAGGAAGAUGAUACCUAUCUGGAAACAACAGGCGAGACCUGGAGAUGGACCUGUGAUCUGGGAUUACCAUGUUGUUUUGCUUCAUGUUUCAAGUGGAGGACAGAGCUUCAUUUAUGAUCUCGAUACUGUCUUGCCAUUUCCCUGCCUCUUUGACACUUACGUAGAAGAUGCCUUUAAGUCUGAUGAUGACAUUCACCCACAGUUUAGGAGGAAAUUUAGAGUGAUCCGUGCAGAUUCAUAUUUGAAGAACUUUGCUUCUGACCGAUCUCACAUGAAAGACUCCAGUGGGAAUUGGAGAGAGCCUCCGCCGCCGUAUCCCUGCAUUGAGACUGGAGAUUCCAAAAUGAACCUGAACGAUUUCAUCAGUAUGGAUCCCAAGUUCGUGCAAGACAAGAGCCCUGGUGCUCCUCCACUUAUCAGAGCCAUCUUCACAGCAGAGACCAAGUCCUCACCAGACAACAUAAUCUGCUCAGCCCUGAUCUUGGACUUACAGCUUCCGCAAGAGACUCUGCUCCAACUAUCAACUUAGGAAGUUAAGGAAAAACAUGGUUUUCUUUUUCCAACUAGAAGCUGGACAUCCUAAGUGAUUGGUUGAAGGAGCAUGUUUGGUUUUCUCUGUCUGGUUCCAAGUUGAAAGUAAGAACAACAACAUGGGGAAGCCUGCAAUUUUUGACCAUGUCCUGAUCUCUCCAUGCUGAUCGCCGCCAAGCUGGGGGUCAGGGUUCUGUUAUCAUCUGUGCCCUGUUCGUUGUCUGCUUGAAUAUUCUGUCUAUUUAUAGAGAGGAAUAACAAUAACCUGCAUUAUCAGAAACCUCAUUCUAAGUUUACUUUUCUGUCUAGGUGUCCUUGUACAAAUCACUUAGCUUUUUAAAUAUAUAAAUAUGCUUUCUCACUGAGUAGCAAUAGUAUUUUUGCUAGGCUUGAGUUGUUUACUAUUAAAAAAAUUAUACUUACAUUUUUAUAAUAAAACCUAAUCUUAGGCUCACAUGCACAUACAACUAAAGAGCAGUGCUUGUCUUUUGCUUAAUGUUCAUAUUACAAGAUUGAUUUUUAUUUAUAAUAUAUGAACAUGUUCUUUUUUAAAAGAUACACAAAGUGAUGGAUAAAUCUAAUGUCCUUUUUG